AUGGAGGGCGACCCUGAGUUUCUCUCUCACUUGCAGCAGUUGGGCUCAGAAUAUAAGCGCCUUAGGGAGCAGCGGGCCGCUGCUCAGGAGCUUGCUGACGCUUUGGACGCUAGAAACAGUCAAUUGGUGAAGGCACAUGAUGAGCUAGCUAGGCAGCGCGUGGAUCUGCUGAAUGAAAACAGGACCUUAAUAGAAAAGCUUCAGAUGACGACUCAGGAGAAGGAGGCGCUUCACCAGCAACUUAAACAACAGGAGGAGCACAUCCAGACCGUCCAGCAGCAGCUAUCAAGGCAGCAGGCCGCAAUUGCUGAUGCAGGAGCACAGCACGAAGCCGAAGUUUGCAGACUGCAGCAGAGUAUCGACAAGGCAGCGGCGGCGGCCGCCGCUGCAGAGAAGGAGCUCAAGCAGACUCAGCACGCUGCGGCAGCGUACAAAACUGAGGCAGAGGACGUGCACAAGAAGCUCAUGGACACCAAUAACAAGCUUAAAGAGGAAAACAAAGAACUUGCAGACCUCACCAAGGAGCUGAACGAGCGUAAUCGCAGCCUCAACAAGAAGCGGCAGGAUCUCUCUGAUCAGGUGAAGCAGCUACAGACGGCGCACCGGCGCAGCAGCGAGGAGCAGCAGCAGCAGCAGCAGCAAGCGCAGCAGCAGCUGGAGGAGCUGCGUGCGCUGAAGCAAGCCAAUCGAUCUCUUCUUGCCAAAAGCAAGCAGCAGCAGGAGGAGCGGCAAGAGACCCUGCGCCAGCUGCGCCAGCAGCUGCAGGAAUUGCAGCAGGAGCAAGUGCAGCAGCAGCUGCUGCUGGAAAAGCGCACACAGGAAACGGCCGCUGCAGAAGCUCAGCUGCAGCUGCAGCAGCAGACUGCUGCAGCUCAGCAGGAACUGCUACAGCAGCAAAUAGAGCAGCAGCAGCAACAACUAAGGGCUGCCCUUGCCGCAACCACCAAAGCUUCGGACAACCUGAAAACUCAAAAAGCCCGUGCUGCAGAAGACAAGGAGCACUACGAGAUGCAGCUGCAGCAGCUGCAGCAAGUGCAGCAACAAACGGCAGCAGCGGCAGCAGAGGCCAGCAAAGAACAACAGGAUGCGCUCCGCAAGGUUGAGGCGCUCUGCAACGAGAGGCAACGCGCCUAUGAGCACCUGGAACCAUUGGUGCUGCAGGGAAUACAGCGCUGCAGCAGCAGCUGGCGUAGCAGCGGCGAGCACGAAGAGGAAGAACAAGAUCAGGACGGCGGCGUUCUAGCAGCGGCAGCAAAGCGAGCUGCUGCGGCCUACAAGCAGCUACAGGAGGCACACGAGAGCGCCUGCAGGGAAGGAGCCCUUUUGCAGCAGCAGCUGCAGAUGCUGCAGCAGCAGCAGCACAGGCUGCAGCGCGAGCUUCGGAUGGCCGCAGAGGAGACGCAGGCGGCCUCUAGGGAGAAGCAGGAGCUAGCAGCUCACUACAUGGCCCUUGCACAGAGUGUGCAGCAGCUGGCGCGCGAGAGCGAGGCUGUCGGGACGUCCUGCUGCAUGCUGGGUGGCCUUGAGGCGAAGAAAUCUCCCCGUGCUGCUAUACUGCAGCCCCUUAGAUUGACCACACAACACAGCCCUCAGCCGCAGGCUGCGACGGAAUGGACCCCCCUUACCGCAAGGGCGUCCACUGCGGACAGCUUCACCCUGCCCUCUCCAAAUGACAAAAACUGA